ACGCGCCAGUUCGCUCGCAGCGCUCGGACGAGAAGGUUGUAUUCCGUACUUUUUAGUAAACGUAUCGAGUGUAAUUGACCGCGCGGAGUGCGCUCACUUGCAGUGUUGAUUUUUGUGUUCUAGAGUGGAGUGUGUGGUGUGUCGUAUUUAUUUUAGUGUUGCAGACGAUGACCGCGUGUGUUUGACGUGGGGAUGUAUCCUAGCGCGGGCGCAAUGAACGCCGCCGCCGCCGCUGCUGCCGUGGCGGCCGCUAGGCAUCCGCAGGGACCGCCGCAGCCCGGCCAACCCAUCAAAUUCACGGUGGGUGAAUCUUGCGACAGAAUCAAAGAAGAGUUCAACUUCCUUCAGGCUCAAUAUCACAAUUUAAAAUUAGAAUGCGAAAAACUGGCCAGUGAAAAAAUUGAAAUACAAAGGCAUUACGUAAUGUACUAUGAAAUGUCGUAUGGACUCAAUGUGGAAAUGCAUAAACAGACGGAAAUAGCGAAGAGGUUAAACGCAAUAAUAGCACAAAUCUUACCGUUCCUAUCGCAAGAGCAUCAGCAGCAGGUCGCGUCGGCCGUGGAGCGGGCGAAGCAGGUCACCAUGACGGAACUCAAUGCCAUUAUUGGGCAACAACGGCCUGACUUGCCUAGAUUACUUCAACAAAUGCACGCUGCUCACCUGCCCGCGCAUGGCGCUCCGCCCCUACCAUUGUUGGGGCAGGGUGCUUUGCCCCCAGCGGGACUUCUCGGCCUAGGAGUCCCACCACACCACCCCCUUUCAGUCUUAGCCAAACCACCCGACAUACACCGGCCAGAUGAUAAGGGAAAUGGUAUCAGUUCAGCGGAGGAGAGACAUAGAAAUUCAAUAUCACCCGGUGAGAGGGAAAAAUAUAGAACGAGAAGUCCAGCGGAGCCCGACCACAAAAAGCUAAAGAAAGAAGAAAAAGAUAUGGGCCAUGAAUUAGUAGUAGAUGAUGCGAGUGAAGAGCCCACGUCACCACACAACGGAGCACCUUCACCCAGAGAAAACGGCUUGGACAAGCUGCAACCAAAAAAGGAACACCCCCCUCACAGCCCUAGAUCGGGAACAUCAAGUAACGCCUCAACGCCAUCCGCAAAAAAGUUAGACGAGAAACCUAGCACGCCGAUAUCUAAGCCCGUGACACCUACAUCAGGAGCUAGCGGUGUUGCUGCAGGAGCCCCACUAAAAGCAGCAGUGAAGCCCCCAGCGUUACAAUACCCGUACUUGGGGAAUGGUGCACAUGAUGCGUAUGGUCUUGCGGGAUAUUCAGCGCGCGCGGCGUUAGCGUACGAGCCGCUGCGUCCGCCCAUUGGUCCAGCCGCGCUAGCGCCUAUCCCGGGCGGUAAACCCGCGUACUCGUUCCACGUGUCCGCGGAAGGUCAGAUGCAGCCCGUCCCGUUCCCGCCGGACGCGCUGAUGGGCCCGGGCAUCCCGCGGCACGCGCGCCAGGUGUCGGCGCUGGCGCACGGGGAGGUGGUCUGCGCGGUGACCGUGAGCUCGCCCACCAAGUACGUGUACACGGGCGGCAAGGGCUGCGUCAAGGUGUGGGACAUCAGCCAGCCCAGCAAGGCGCCCGUCAGCCAGCUGGAUUGCUUGCAAAGGGAUAACUACAUCAGAUCAGUGAAGCUACUACCGGACGGGCGUACACUCAUAGUGGGGGGCGAAGCCUCCAACCUGUCGAUAUGGGACCUCGCCUCACCCACGCCGAGGAUCAAAGCGGAACUCACGUCUUCCGCGCCGGCUUGUUAUGCGCUGGCUAUCAGUCCUGAUUCUAAAGUCUGCUUCAGCUGUUGUUCAGACGGCAACAUCGCAGUAUGGGACCUCCACAAUCAAACCCUGGUGCGACAAUUCCAAGGCCAUACAGAUGGCGCUUCGUGUAUCGACAUAUCAGCUGAUGGUACUAAGCUGUGGACGGGAGGACUUGAUAAUACUGUUAGGUCGUGGGAUCUAAGAGAAGGCAGGCAAUUACAACAACACGACUUUAGUUCACAAAUCUUCUCAUUAGGAUAUUGUCCAACUGGCGAAUGGCUAGCCGUGGGCAUGGAGAACAGCAACGUGGAAGUGCUCCACGCAGUGAAACCGGACAAGUACCAGCUCCACUUGCACGAGUCGUGCGUGCUGUCGCUGCGGUUCGCGUCGUGCGGCAAGUGGUUCGUGUCCACCGGCAAGGACAACCUGCUCAACGCGUGGCGCACGCCCUACGGCGCUAGCAUAUUCCAGUCAAAGGAAUCAUCAUCGGUGCUAAGUUGUGACAUCUCAUCGGACGACAAAUACAUAGUGACGGGCUCUGGCGACAAGAAAGCCACAGUGUACGAAGUGAUCUAUUAACGUGACAAACAGACACUACAACAAACGAACAAAACAGAUCAACAAGUGAGUGAGUGAACGUUCCGCGAACGACGAGUGAAACGUGGUGAUAUAGCUUUAGUGUAUAGAUAUAAUUGGGAGCCUGUAUGUACUUAUGCGACUUGUUUAUAUAGAUUUAGUGUGCGCGGUUUAUGUUUAUUUGUUGAGCGCCCGUAGUGUAUGUUGGCAGCAGAUCUCAAAAUGAUGAUUUCGUUUCAAUAUUGUUGUAAAAUGCUCGUAUUAAAAAGAUAUGCGCAAAUUA